GCACCUGCCUCCCUCAGGGCCCCGGGGACCCCCAGGCUACUUGGUGCCAGGGUUCUGGAAGGAUGAUGGUUAGGACAUUGACACAUGGGUCCCUAGGCCUCCUUGAAAGAGGAUAAUGGAAGUGUCUGAACUAUUUCCAAAAAAGCCCAUCAGAAAUUAUUCAUCUACCUGAGAUUAUUUUCAUGUAUACUUUGUUUUCAAUUUGCUUUUCUAUUUUGAGUUUUUAAGACAUUUUAAGAUAAUUUUGCAUUUACAGAAAAGUUCCAAGAUUAGUGUAAAGAGCUCGCAUCGAUACCCUUCGCCCAGGUCCGCCCACUGCUAGUCCGUUGCCACAUUUGCUUUAUUAGUUCUCUUGCAUAUUCUUAAUUCUUUUUAAACCAUUAGGAAGUACAUACUCCUUUGUCCCUAAACCUUUGGUGUGGCUUUCCUAAGAUCAAAGGCAUUCUUUUACAUAAGCACAGUAUAAUUAUUAAAAUAAUAAGUUAAACAUUAGUAUAAUACUAUGACCUAAUACAUCUAGCUCAUAUUUUAAUUUGCCAAUAUCCAGUAAUUUUCAUAAAACAUUUUAAUUUUAUUUCCCAGUCCAGGAUCCAAUCCAAGAUCAAGUACUGCAUUUAGUUUUUCAUGUCUAAUCUUUAGUUUUUUCAGUCUUGGACAUUUUCUCUGCCUGCCUUUGUCUUUCAUGACAUUGACAUUUUUGGAAACAUUAAGGCCAUGAUUUUGCAGAAUGGCUCUCGGUUUGGACUUGUUUGCUGUUUUCUCAUCAUUUUUUCAUUUGGGGCAGGAGUCCUUCAGAACUGAUGUGUUUCUCAGUGCAUCACACCAGGAGGUACAAGGUAUCAAUUUGUUGCAUUACUGGUAGUGUUAAGUUUGGUUACUUGGUUAUGAUGGUGUCUGUCAGGUUCCAGUGCCCUAAAGUUAAUAGUUUUUUCUUUAGAGUUAAUUCGUAAGUAAUUUGUGGGGAGGUACUUUGAGAUUAUAAAUUUCCUGUGCUUUAUCAAACUUCAGCCCACAAUUUUAGCAUCCAUUAAUUCUUGCCUGAAUUAAGCAUUACAAAGUAAGUUGCAAUAUCAGUGAUUUUUCCUGCUCUGUCAUUCCCUAUACAUUUAUUAGUUGUCAUUCAACUGUAAGAAAGAAGCUUUCAAGAAGGGAGGGUGUAGCUCAUUGGUAGAGUGCGUGCUUAGUAUGCGGGAGGUCCUGGGUUCAGUCUCCAGUACCUCCAUUAAAAAAAAAUUUAAUAAAUAAAUCUAAUUAUUUCCUCCCCUCUUAAAAAGAAAAAAGCUUUCCCAUCUCCCUUAUUUAUGUAUUUAUGUAUAUAUGUAUUUAUUUAUUUAAGUUCAUGCUCAUAAAUUCUUAUUUUAUUCAGUGGGUUAUACUCCAUUACUAUUAUUAUUUAUUUUGAUGAUCAAAUUGGCUUAGAUUUGACCAGAGGUAACCCCUGGUUCUUAUAUCUUUUAUUUUUUAACUGAGCUAUAAUUCACAUUAAAAUUUACCUAGAUUUUUAGAAAACAAACAAAAACAAAAAACAGGAAAAGAGAACAAUAAAAUAAAAUUCACUGUUUUCAAGUGUACAGUUUAGUGGUUUGUAGUAUAUUUACAUAAUUGUACGGUCAUUACCACUCACUAAUUUCAGAACAUACUCAUCACUCCAAAAACAAACCCUGCCCAUUAAUAAUCACUCCAUUUCUCCUUCUCCCUCAGCCCCUGGCAACCGCUAACCUGCUUCCUCCUGGUGGACUUACCUAUUCUGGACACUUCCUACAAAUGGAGUCAUACAACAUGUGGUCUUUUAUGUUCUUUCACUCUGCAGGUUCUCAAAGUUCAUCCCUGUUGAAUCGUUACUUCAUUCUUUUUUAUGUGCUGGGUCUUAUGGUACCUCUCUGUUCGACUUCUUGAGGAACUGGCAAACUAUUUUUCAGAGUAGCUGCAACAUUUCACAUGCCCACCAGCAAUGUGUGAGUUCCAGUUUCCCCACAUCCUCGCCAACACUUGUUAUUACCUGUCUUUUUGAUGAUGGCCAUCCUAGUAGGAGUAGGUGGGUGGCCCAGCUACCACCUCUUGUUUGUAUUUGUCAGGACUCAUUCAGUUACAAGUGACAGAAGCCCAGCCCACAUAGCUUAAAUAACAGACAAACAAAAGGGAGGGGGUGCUGGGUUUAUAGACUCAGGUGACUGAUAGGUCCAGCCCAGCUGGGUCUAGGUGCUCAGGUGAUACCUUCAAUCUACACUGGCUUCCUUCUCAGAGCAGUGGUCCCCUGAGGUGGCCAUGGUGCUCCGGCAGCCUCAGUUUGUUUAAUAACCUGGCAGAAUGCGUCUGUCUCCCAGGGCUUCUGAUCUUGGAGCUGAGAUGCUCCCUGGCCCUCUUGGCUCACAUUCCCUUCCUUGUGUCAUGUUUCCUUCCCUGAACUGAGGUUCUGCCAUCUAAAGAAGGGGCGUAGAUGCUGGGCUGGAAGGAACGACCCCAUUCCCUGUCUGCCCUCCUCUGUUCCAAGUCUCACAUGCUCUUGGUGGUUGGUGUGGCUCCAACCCAGCCAGAAAGCUGGACAUCACUGUGACCCUGGAAUCCAGAGCCAGAAGUGUCCCUGAGCUUCCCUGGAGACCAUGGCCUGCCUGGUGUCCUCUGGGCAACUAAGGGCAUUAACAAGUGGACAGCGCUUUAUGGUUCAGAGCCUUCCCGCAUGGCAUCUCCCUCAAGAUAAGGAGCCAUCUGCUGUGGUGGUGAGGCAUGCGGGCUUCAGAUCUCUCACUGCUGUGAGAUCUGGCGAGUUACUUCCUCGGCUUCCUCAGCUAUAGGACGGGAUCCUGAGAGUGCCCCCUGCAGAGCAUGAUGAUGAGGAAAUGAAGACUCCAAGAGAUGAACCGGCUUGUCCCACUUGACCAAUUCCAAGUCAUGCAGUUAAAAAGUGGCAGGAACAGGAGGAGAAGCUGAGUCUUUCAGUCUGCAGUUCAGGGCUCCUUCCUGGGCCUCCGUGCUGACAUUUAGAAUAAGGAGGCCGGGACAAGGUCUGCUCCUCUGGGUCCCAACUCAUUGCCAGUGUUUCUCUGCAGCCCUCCAGGGGACCCCUCUCUCAGCCACCCUCUCCCUGGUGAUGUCCCAGUGCUGCCAGAAGAUAAAAGACACCGUGCAGAAACUGGCUUCGGACCACAAGGACAUUCACAGCAGUGUCUCCCGAGUGGGCAAAGCCAUUGACAGGAACUUUGACUCUGAGAUUUGCGGUGUAGUCUCCGAUGCGGUGUGGGACUCGCGGGAGAAGCAGCAGCAGAUCCUGCAGAUGGCCAUCGUGGAGCACCUGUACCAGCAGGGCAUGCUCAGUGUCGCCGAGGAGCUGUGCCAGGAAUCAACGCUGAAUGUGGACUUGGAUUUCAAGCAGCCUUUCCUGGAGUUGAAUCGAAUCCUGGAAGCUCUGCACGAACAAGACCUGGGGCCAGCACUGGAGUGGGCCAUCUCCCACAGGCAGCGCCUGCUCGAGCUCAACAGCUCCCUGGAGUUCAAGCUGCACCGACUGCACUUCAUCCGCCUCCUGGCAGGCGGCCCCGAGAAGCAGCUGGAGGCCCUCAGCUACGCCCGGCACUUCCAGCCCUUUGCUCGGCUGCACCAGCGGGAGAUCCAGGUGAUGAUGGGCAGUCUGGUGUACCUGCGGCUGGGCUUGGAGAAGUCCCCCUACUGCCACCUCCUGGACAGCAGCCACUGGGCCGAAAUCUGCGAGACCUUUACGCGCGAUGCUUGUUCCCUGCUGGGGCUUUCCGUGGAGUCCCCCCUCAGCGUCAGCUUUGCCUCUGGCUGUGUGGCGCUGCCCGUGCUGAUGAACAUCAAAGCUGUGAUCGAGCAGAGGCAGUGCACCGGGGUCUGGAGUCACAAGGACGAGUUACCGAUUGAGAUCGAACUAGGCAUGAAGUGCUGGUACCACUCAGUGUUUGCGUGCCCCAUCCUCCGCCAGCAGACGUCGGAUUCCAACCCUCCCAUCAAGCUCAUCUGUGGCCAUGUUAUCUCCCGAGAUGCACUCAACAAGCUCAUUAACGGAGGAAAGCUGAAGUGUCCCUACUGUCCCAUGGAGCAGAACCCCGCAGAUGGCAAACGCAUCAUAUUCUGAUUCCUGCCUGAACUUUGCCGAAAGAGAUUUUUCAUCCAAGAGCCUCGGCCUGUCUUGGUAGGGGUGGUUGGCUUCCAUGGACUGUGGUUCAUUUCAGAGCAACUGGCUGAGGAGUGCCACCACGGGCAGGGGCCAAGGUGGGAGGUGAAGCAUCCUGCACUGGGCAGCUGGCUCCGUGGCUCUGAGGGCAGGGAGACGCUGGCCUCUAUACCGUGCUGUCUCUCCCUGUUUAUUUUUGCUGCUUAGUAGCAACCGACAGAGGAGCAGAGGGCUUGGCCAGCACAGCGGACGUCUCCCAUCCCUGCGCUCAGCCGGGUCUGUGACCGCCGCCACGCCAGUUCCAGCCUCACAGCUGCGUGUCCACAUCCCACUGUAAAUAGUCCACGUUACAACCCGAUGCCUUCGUUUUAUAACUGAACAAAUAUAUUCACAGGCCUCCUU